UGUGUCUGCUUUUACACUCGCACGUGUAAUUUAAUAGGUUAGGUUUUUACGUUUGUUGAUUUUGAUGUAAAUAAAAAUGUAAUGUAAAGUAUUAUAACACAACUGAAACUAAAAAAUUAUACUAUAACAAUUAAAGUGUACUUUUAUUUAUUUUGUACGCCAAACGUCUCAUUGGGAAAAGUUUAUGAAAAUUGUAAACUUGCAACAAAAUAUCAAAUACAAUGACUUUAUCUCAAGGUUUGCUACAACAUCUUCGAAGUGAUACCAGUGAUGAACCUCUACCAAAGCGUUUAAAGUUAGCAGAAAAUGUUCUUCUGAGUCCUGAACUUCCUAUUGUGCACAAAGAAAAUUGUAUAUUGAAAUGGCUGUGCAAUGAAAUAUCUAUUGAAAAUGCCAAUACCAUUUGGAUAACGAUUCAUCACUGCUUGUCACUAAAUCCUAAAACUUUUAGUAAACUUUUUCCAGAAACCAAGAGCUUAUUAAUUGGGAAACUAAGAGAAACAUUAAUUCAGUACCCACAAAGCUACAUUUCUGAAGACAUCAUCAAAUGCUGCCAAUAUAUAUUUUCUAAUUCUCAGAUUAACUGUUCUUCUAAAGAAAAUUCAGUUAUUCUAUUGAUCAAAGCAUUACUAGAAUUCACAUUGAAAGUCUUGGAUUUUGAUAAUUUUGAAAAAGAAAAUUUUGGAUAUAGUAUAAUUGUAGAAUGUGCUGAACAAGCAAUUGGUACUUUUAUCCAAGUUUGUAGACAUAGUUUAUCAGGGAAGAAAAACUUUACAUCAGUGUUUAUUAAAGAACUAUUUUUUCCCUUGGCUUUGUUAAAUAAAAAAUUGAAAUCAAAGAACAUACCUUCAAAAAUUGCCAUAGAAAUUGAAAAAUGCGUCAAAAGAUUAUUACUUCCAUUUAUAAAAAAUAUUAAUUCUAUUAAUACAGAUGAGAAUGAUAAAAAUAUGAAAGAAACAGAGUAUAUUUUUAAUACAAUAAAAGACACAGUUGCUGUAAAACAAUUUGAAGAAGUCGAGACUGCAUUUACUUUUUUAUUUCAAUGGUCUAUAAAUGCUUUUUCCCAAAAUUCUGUAUUAAUUUAUAGAAUUCUGCAUCGUUUAGUUAAUUGUGUAAACCAGAAACAUCAGGCACGACAAAUUUUGAUUUCAUUACUUGAAAAUUCAGUUGAUGUAACAUUCAGUUUUGAACAUGAAAUUGAAGGAGUUACAUUAAAGACCUACUUGAAAACACAAAUUGAAGAAAUUUUAUCAAAGAAUAAACAUUUGAAAUGUUCAGACUAUAAUCUAGUUGCUGUGAUUGCAAAAUUAAAUCCUUUAGUUAUUGAAGAUAUGACACAAAGUAUAUUAAAAAAAAUCGUAUUUGAGAAUAAAAAGCAUAAGAAAGAGGAGAUAGAAUAUGGCAAAUGUUUUACCGAACUGUGGACAGCAAGUGUUCGUUUAAGAAGACAGCAUAAAUUUCUUUCGAAAUUUUUAAUAACAGUAGCCAAUUUUAAAGAGGAAAAGGAUUCUUCUUUCAUAGACAAAUUUGACUUACCAGAAACUUUUAUUUUGAAAUUUAAAGAAGAUGUGAAAGCUAAAAAUACUAAUGCUCAAAUGAUAGCGAUGUUUCACACUCUAAAUUUUCACUUACAAUCAGAUUGUUACAAAGUCUUAAAAGAGUCAGGUCCAAGAAUUAAAAAAAUUAAGAAAAAUCGUAAAAACGAUAACAGAAUCUACAAAUUAUCAACAGUCUUUGAAUGAAUUAUUAUAUUUCAAAUCAGCAAUUUUCGCUAAUGAAAAUCAA